AUGCCUUACCAUUAUUAUGCUGGCUGGCUCCCGAAAGAUCCCGCCGACCUUAGGAAGUGGCUGCAGGUUGAACUCAGGAAGAAUCGUUUGCGGUAUGGUCAAGACCCAGAGACGGGAGCUGUCACACCUGAGAAGGCAAGGCAGAUCUAUGCAAGUUUAGCCGAACCCGUCCAGCGGCUUCAAGACUACAUCGAACGAGUCCCUGAAGUUUACAUGUGGUUCCACCAGAUGUUUGACCAGGUCCCUAGCAGUGACGACCUGAAGAUCACUGAUUACCGGGAAAUAAUGUGGUUGAUCAAUAGAUAUAUUGGCGAGGCACCGAGCUUUUCGUCGGGCCCCAGUGGCUACGUCAGCGGCGUUAUGAUCUAUGGUAUUCUGGCACCAUUCUGUAACACGGUUGCCGGUUUCUCCGCCUUCGUCGAUAAAGGGGUCAACGAAUGUUUCAAACAAAUCUUCCUGACAUGGCAGGCCUACCUCGUUACGUCGGCUUCUGCCAGCGAUGAGGCUGCUGGUGGUGCCUUCCGGAACGUCUACGUCUGCGACCCGGAUGCGGAAUAUUGGGGCUUCAGUUCCUUUGACGAUUUCUUCACCCGAGCUUUCCAAGACGACGUUCGCCCUGUCAUGAACCCUGAUGACCUGAACAUCGUGACCGCAUCAUGUGAAUGUGCCGUAGACAAAUUUACAUAUCAGGUCAAGAAGUCGGACACAUUCUGGAUCAAGGGUACUCCGUACUCUUUGGAGUACAUGCUCAACCAUGACUCCCGGGUGGAUGACUUCGUUGGCGGUACAGUUUUCCAAGGCAUCCUCAGUUCCCUCAACUAUCAUCGCUGGCACAGUCCCGUCAGUGGUACUGUCGUAUCCGCGUCCGUCGUUGAAGGGACGUACUAUGCUGCUCGACUUGACAAUGAUACCGAUCCGGAUGUCGUUUCACGAAGCGAUGACUUCAUUUCCAACAUCGCGACUCGCGCUAUCAUCUUCAUUCAGGCGGAUAGUGAUGAUAUAGGUUUGAUGUGCUUCAUAGGCGUGGGGCUAGGAGAGGUUUCAACAUGCCAAAUUGAUGACGGUCUGGAGGGCACACAUGUGGACAAGGGAGAUCAAAUUGGAAUGUUCAGGUUCGGAGGGUCGUCUCACUGCCUCGUUUUCGGUCCGCAAGCACAGGUGAAUGCGUUUGUGGAGGCUGGCGAUAAUGUGAAGCUCAAUACAGCGAUUCUUGGAGUGACGAGUUCAACGAGUGGCUAA